CGUAGUUUAAAAGGUUUGAAAGUUGGUGUAGUCCUUUCAUUAUGUUUACUAAGACGUGAAAAACCUCGAAUAAUCUUUGUUUAUAAAUGAAUUCGGCUGAACAUGGAAGUUUAUAUUUUGCUUUCAUUAUGUCGAAACAUAAUUUAAUGCUUAGAUUUAAGUUUCAUUUAUUUUAACUUAAAAGUAUUUGUUGAGUGAAAAAUAUGUGUAGCGAAGUUCAUUCAAAAUUUGGCUCUUGAAGUGAAUUUUAUUUCAUUAUUGUAGCCAUCAUCAUCUUUAUAAUUAUUUUUCAUUCAUCUUGUUGAUAAAUACGUGUUGGGUUAUCAUGUCAAACAUCCAAUUUGAUUACUCGACACUUUCAACAUCGAUUAGUCGUAGCGAGUUGAAUUCCAUCAUUGGUCGUCACUUUAUUGACAGCAAUUAUGACAUCAGUGAAGAAGCAAGUUCUGAAGGGUCCAGCCAGUCGACUGAUGUUUACGUCCAACCUUCACCUCGGGAUAAGUAUAACAUAGUGUAUGUGAUAUUUGGCCUUUUUGGAAUUGCUACUUUAUUGCCUUGGAAUUUUUUCAUUACAGCAAAUGAUUAUUGGUUAUAUAAAUUUCGUGAUACUGUGAGUGACCAUUGUAUUGAUAAUCGCAACAAAACUUCCCUUCAAGCUGCAUUUACAAGUUAUAUAACAGUUUCCAAUAAUGUGCCUUACGUCACAUUCCUUGUCUUGUGUACAUUAUUUAGUAAUAGGUUUUCUAAAAUGUUUCGUGUUGUCGCUUCAUUAGUAGCUAUGUUGAUUUUAUUUAUGAUCAUCACAUCAUUUGUGGAAAUAAAUACUGACGGUUGGCAAAUGUGGUUCUUCACUAUCACAAUCAUCAUAAUAAUUCUUGUUGGAACUACAAGUGCCAUUUUUCAAGCUGGGAUAUCUGGGAUUGCAUCUCUUUUGCCUGCUAAAUAUAUGCACAUUCUUGUUCUUGGACAAGCUUUUGCUGGAAUUUUGGCUGCUGUAGCUCAGAUUUUAUCUCUUCUUGGAAAAUGUGAUUCAACUAAAAGUGCAUUCAUGUUCUUUUCAUUUGCUGAUAUUGUUCUUCUCCUGGCUUUAUUGUCUUAUAUUGCCAUUCAGAAAUCUGAAUUUUUUCAAUAUCAUGUUCAUAGUUUAAAAGAUACUAUUUUGAAGGAGGUAUCUGAAUCUGAAGAAAAAACUCGAAUCUCAGUAUUAAUGGUGAUACAACAGAUAUGGCCGUAUGCAUUAUCUAUAGUUCUUGAUUUUUGGAUCACUAUUGGUAUCUUUCCAUCUUUGGCUGUUUUAGUAGUUUCUAAUUCUCAAGGAACAAUAUGGAAUGAUAAACUUUUUCUUCCUGUUACAUGCUUCCUGAUGUUUAAUAUCAGUGACUUUUGUGGCCGUGCUGUUGGUGGAUGGUUGCCAAUUCCAUCAACCCACCGAAUGCAUUUGUUGACCCUAUCUUCCAUGCGAAUCAUCUUCAUUCCAUUAUUUAUGCUAUGUAAUGCCCAUCCCAGACAUUAUUUGCCUGUAAUAUUUUCUGAUGACAUUUACUACAUCAUAUUUAUUACUUUACUUGGAUUUUCUAAUGGUUAUUUAAUUGCUGUUGCCAUGAUGAUAGGAAUAAAAUCUGUUAAUCCUUUAUUGCAAGAAAUGGCUGGUACCAUCUUGUCAACUUUUCUUGGAGCUGGAUUAAUGCUGGGAGCUUUAUCUUCAUGCCUUUUUAUAAACAUUAUAUGAGGUUUAUUUUUGAAUUUUGUAUAUAUUUACACAAGACAAUUCAUUUCCAUUUGCUGUAGAAAUUGCCUGUGGAAGUUUUCCAAGAGAAAUUAAAAGUAGGCAAUGUUUUAAAAACCCUCAUCCACAUAAAAAGUCUUUUUUUUCUUCAUUUUUGAUUUUUUUGGGGUUUUCUAAGUGCAGAAAUUUUUGGAGCAUUUUAUCUCAUAUUAGCUUGAUAUUUAUAUGAGCUUUUUUUUUAAGGGAUUAUAAUUUGUUUUCUCUUCUCACCAGUCACAGUAUGACUGGUGCUAAUCUUCUUCGGUCAUAUAAAGUUGCAUCACUGUACUAUGUUGUUAAAUCUAAUUCAGAUUGACUUGCUAGUUAGCCUAUAUUAUGUAAUUAAUUCCUAAUAGUUUAAGUUGACUUUAUGCAAAACCCUUAGCAGAAUAAAACAUGCAUUUUAUUGGUCAUGCUGGCUUGAACUGAAAACGGACCACCAAAUUUCCUCUUCUGGAUGCCCGGCCAGCAAAACAGGUCAUUUAUUGGAUUAGCUCAGCCUUGUUAUAACAAAGCACUUCUCUGCUUGUCAAAUGUUUCCAAAUAUUAUUGCCAAAUUAUAAAUAAAAUUGCUGAAUUUUAGCUGUUCCAACAGGGAAAUGAUAUCUUGCUUGCUAAGGAGCGAAUUCCGCUGUUGGUGAUGUUAAAGCGUACUUGAUCUAAGAUUUUCACUAUUGUAUAUAUGAUUAUUAUUGGUGUAAAUUUCAAGUUUGUUUUUGAAAUCCAUUUUUAAAAUUAUGCUUUUAUUUAAUAUUUUUAGUGAUUGAAAGAAUAUUAUUGUAUAUCAUAUCAGAAAUUUUUUGGAGGGGAAAAAUCAUUUACAUGCAAAUUUUUAACUGUACAGAAUAUUUGUAUAAUUAGCUGUAUGCAAAAAAAAAAGUAAGAUUUAUAAAUACAUGUCCUUGAAGGCAAAAAUUAAAUUAUUUAUUUCAUGAGUAGUAUCAGCAGUCAGUUAUAUUAAUUGUUUUUCAGUUAUAAUAGUAGCUCAGCAAGAUACAUUUUGCUUCAAUUUGAAUAAGAAACUUAUACAU